UAUCCCUUCCUCAUCAUCAUCGAAUGCAGUCAAGUCAAGUGUCGUUUUCGUCUUGUAGUUGCUUGUAAUCUGGUCUGGUGUCGACGUAUCCAAGAUGGCGAGUACGGUGAACGAAAUUUCGACACAAACGAAUGAAAACCUAACGGAAUAUCAAAAUGCAACCACUGCGAGAGUACCGUCGACGCCCGAAGGAAUGGCGAUUGCGUAUGGCAGCCUCAUUAUUAUGGCCAUUCUACCAAUUUUCUUUGGUAGCUAUCGUGCGGUCAAACACCAUAAGGAGCAGCAGCAAUUGUAUAAAACAAGUGGCGAGCAACCUGACACAAUGUCUCGUAGAGAAGCUGCCAUGUUUCCUCUUAUUUCCAGUGUUACAUUAGUUGGCUUGUAUAUAUUAUAUAAGGUAUUUGCAAAGGAGUAUGUUAAUUUGAUAUUAGCUGGAUAUUUUUUCUUUCUUGGUAUUCUAGCUUUAUGUCAUCUUACAAGCCCAUUAAUUUCAUCAUUAGUACCUGCUGCGAUUCCAAAGACGCAGUAUCAUAUUUUAUUUACAAAAGGAAAGGAUGAUAAAGAGGAGCAUAUAAUUAAUUACAAGUUUAAUCUUCAUGACAUUGUAUGCCUUGUGUGCUGCUCAUUUGUGGGUGCUUGGUACCUUCUGAAAAAACACUGGAUAGCUAACAAUCUGUUUGGCAUAGCAUUUGCUAUUAAUGGAGUCGAAUUGUUACAUCUUAACAAUGUCGUGACUGGAUGCAUUUUAUUGUGUGGUCUUCUGUUUUAUGAUGCUUUUUGGGUGUUUGGUACAGAUGUAAUGGUAACGGUGGCAAAGUCCUUUGAAGUGCCGAUUAAACUUGUGUUUCCACAGGAUCUUUUAGAAAAGGGCUUGAAUGCUGGUAAUUUUGCCAUGUUGGGAUUAGGUGAUAUUGUAUUGCCUGGUAUCUUUAUCGCAUUACUCUUGCGAUUCGACAACAGUUUGAGCAGAAAAACGAAUAUCUACUUCUAUUCGACAUUUUUUGCAUACUUUAUGGGAUUACUCGCCACCAUGAUGAUCAUGCACUUGUUCAAUCAUGCACAGCCUGCUCUACUGUAUUUAGUACCCGCGUGUAUAGGCACGCCAUUGCUCUUAGCCUUAGUCAAAGGAGAUCUCAAGGCGUUGUUUUCAUAUGAGGAUCAUCCAUCACCACCUACGAACGCGGCAGAACAAUCGGAGCAGGUGCAAGUAGAAGCGAAAAAGGACAAAUAAUAUCCUGAUUGAAUAUAAAAAAAAACACGCUAUGUGUGAUUUGCAUUAUCUUGUAAUUAUCUUUCGAUUUCAUCGUGCGUAUGGAAAAUGGAAAAUAUGAGUAAUAGUUCAUAGUUCAUGCUCAAGACGUACAAUCACGCAUUGUAAAAUACAAUAGCUUAUAACUAUAUCUUGCAAAUACAUAAGUUGCAAGAUAUAUCCAUAUAAUAUGAUUCACAAUGAGCGUUCACGGAUAUCGUUUUGAUGUUGUUUCGAUCUGAAAAGGAAGACUUCAGCAUAGGAUUUAGAACUAUGAUAACCGAGAACGCUAUUUCGAAUGCAUACAAAAGAAAUUUUUAUCACUCAUAUAUGGUAUCAAUGAUGGCAUUUCGAAAUAGUGAACAAGAAAAUUUUAAACAAUAAAACAGAAUUUGAUUGUUUUAUUGUUUUAUAGGAUCGAGACCCGA